AUGCUGUAUCAUGCUUGUUUUGCGAAGGACACCAUCUCAUCGAUGACUGUAGGAAGUUUAGGAGGGAGCUUCACGCCGAAGAGAAGCAAGCUGGCCCGCCUUGAUCCAGUCGUCGAAGAUGGGCUUCUGAAGGUUGGCGGUCGUCUCCAACGAUCGAACGUGCCACAAGCUGCCAAACAUCAGGUGAUUGUUCCGAAGGAGUCACACGUCGCUGGCCUCAUCCUCAGGCAGGUGCAUGUGGAAGUUGGGCACAGCGGAAGGAAUCAUAUGUUAGCGAGGCUGCACGAACGAUACUGGAUAGCCAGCGCCAACUCCAUGAUACGCAAACUGGUCGGGCGUUGUGUUCAUUGCAGACGCAGGAAGGGAAAGCGUGGAGAGCAGAAAAUGGCCGACCUGCCAACAGAUCGGAUCCUACCUGACAAGCCGCCGUUCAGCCGAGUCGGGGUUGACUAUAUUGGAAACUUCAAAGUCAAGCGAGAAAGGAGUAUAGAAAACAGAUACGGUGUAAUAUUUACAUGCCUCACAACGCAAGCCAUACACAUCGAAGUGUCACACUCUCUUGAUACGGGAUCCUACAUAAAUGCUAUGAGGAAAUUCAUCGCACACAGAGGCCAAGUUGUCAAAAUGAGGUCGGAUAAUGGCACGAAUUUCGUGGGUGCGAAAAAAGAGCUGAAGGAUGCCGUUAAUGGAUGGAACAAGGAGCAGAUACACAACACGAUGCUGCAGUUGAACGUCGACUGGGAGUUCAACCCGCCAGCUAGUGGUCACCGCGGAGUAUGGGAACGUUUGAUACGUUCAAUCAGGAAGGUUCUGGAGAGUACGCUCAGAGAACAGCGAAUGGAAAAUGCCCCCAGGAUGGGACCUGACUUUAACGGUCCAAUUCAAACCUCAAAGCUCAACCUUUAG